AUGGAACCAACUACUCCACUCAACCUCUCUGAGCGAGAUGAAGAAGAUAAAGAUGAGAACUCUGAGGAGGAACCCGAUGAAGAUCCUGAGGAGGAAACCGACGAAGGCCGCGAUCAGGAACUUGAAGAAGACGCCGAGGAGGAACCCGAGGGAAACCACGUGGAGUACCAUGUGGAACAAAGAUAUGAAGCUUUCAAUAUGACCUAUGUAGAGUAUACGAUAACUAAUCUUGGUUUUUAUUGGGAGAAGCUAUAUAAGGAAGAAACGACCCAGACACAGCUCGAGAUUCACAAUCUAAAAAAGAAAUAUUGA